GUCGCAUUGCCUCAGCUAUUACACCAUCCCAGCACCUUGCCGCAGCAUAAUUAUCAAGGCGAAAGACACACCAAACUCGAAUAGCGACCAUACAUACGUACAAACAAAUCUACAUAUUUCAAGAUGCGAAUAUCCACCAUAGUUACCGCCGCAGCUCUACCAGUGGCAUUUACAGCUGCAGCUCAACAAAGAGUGCUGGCGCACUCUACAAGCAUGAAAAUUGAGGACCUACCUAGCUCAACAGCUUCUACACCUAUCCUAGCCAACUCUACCGAUCCGUUGGCGCAAGCUGCGAAGCCAUUGACUACUGCUGCGGCCGAGAAACCGGCUUUGGAAGCUUCUGUCAUGGGGCUUAUUGUCUUUUCUGUUGCUGGAUUAUGUUUAAUAUGAAUUAAAGGGGAUGAGGGUGCACUCUCGGCGGAUUGUUGGGUUUAGCAUUUUCACUGGCGUUUUUUCGGAUAGGACCAUCAUGAAUGGUUCGGGAAUGAAUUGGGAAUGGUUAUGACAGGCAUUGAGACCUUGAUUUAUUGGUCUUUAUUUCGGUGGCGUUUUGAGGGUAAGAAGAGGUCUGCGCAUUUUUGGAUAUACCCGUGUCUGCAUCAUUUUUUGAAUACCAUCAAUUCAUCAUCACGA